AUGGAGAUUAAGCUAGAUGUUCUCAUCUCUACGUGUAUCAAGCAAAGAAAACCAUGGCCUCGUAUCUCGUGGAUUGGACAGGAAAAAGAGGCUAUUUUCCUUCUAGAUGAUCAACAUAUAAAUGAAAUUAACCUGGCAUCAGGGAAGACAAAGAAGAAAAUCCCUCGGCUGCAGUCAUUGUUGAAAAAUGUCGUUAUUUUAACAACAUCAAGAAAUGGUGCUUGGUUGGCAGGACUACUUAAAACAGGAGAGCUAUUUCUUUGGAAUAAAGAUGAGGACUGCUUGAAAAUUGUGCCAGCAAUCGAAGAGUCUAGGAAAGUAGUUGCAGCCGCACAAGAGUGUUUAAUGAAAUUGUACUUGUAUGUCUCUGGAGAUGGCAGAAAGGCACUAUUAACUACUCCUACAGCAUGUGUCUUUUUGUGGGAGAGCACAGAACACGAAAAUACAUCCUCUUACAAAAAUUCUUCUUCUGGCCGUUGGACGCAAAUUUUGCCUGAUGAAUCAGUCAUGUUGCCUUCUACUGAAGAAAAAGAAGUUGGAGUGCAUGCUACUUUCAUACAAAAUGAGAUACUGGGUGAUUGCUGUUUGUGCUCUUUUGUGUUUUACUCUGGAGAAUGUUUGGUGCUCACAUUUUUGAUUCUUCAAUGGCAUGAAAAUAGCUUUAAAUAUGUUAGUUCUUUGCCGUACCAGAUCCACUGGGUACAGCAGACUUGUUCUCUUGUUAAUUUGGUUCCUCAGUGUGUGUCUGUAAAGUCAAGAGGAGCUUUGCUAUGUGCAUUUGCAAGAGAUGGACUUCUGCUUGCAGUAGCUGUUAAUCAAACUGAUCCAAAGGCAACUCAGAUUUUGUUUUUAAACACAUUGAAUUUUGUAACUGUUUCGGGUAGCCUUAAAGGUUGUAGUAGCAGGAAUAGCAUGGUCCCAUCCAAGUUUAUCAGAUCUUACUGGGUUGGCGAUAUGAGUUGGACUCCUGAUAGCCUUUUCUUGGCUUGCAUGUUAAAACGUGGAUCUUUGAUUUUAUUGACAUGUAUGGGUGAAUUGCUCACCUUGAUUACUUCUGGCUGCUCUGUAGAAUUUGGACCAGCAGAGUUUAUUCCAUUUCAUCCACUGAUAACAUACAGACAGCAGCACUCUUGUCAAGACUCUGGUCAGUCUCUUGGUUCAUCAGCUUCUGAAAGUGACCUUAUGAGACAGAGAUUCUCUGUUGCUUCACAUUCAAGAUUACCCUACCUCAUUGUCUCUGAUGGAUACAUGAUAACAGUGCUUAGAUUUCCUAACAACCUUUCACCAUCAGGAUUUAUAAGAACCCUUUUGAUUGAUUCAACCCAACGGCUUGAAAAUAUCCGUCGCAAUUUGCUGAACUCCAAGUCUAAAGGGAGACCUCUUUGUUUACGAUCACUGUUGUCUUUAAAAGCUAGUCUUUUAAAACACGCUCAAAACCAAAGUUCCAUCUUUUCUACCAUUCCGAAAUUCCUGGAAGAGGACACAACAGAAAUGAGUGAGAAAACCCUGGAUUUACUGGAUUAUGAAGAAGAAUCAGAUGACGAAAAGCAGUUUUGCAAUAGCCCUUCCACCUUCUCUAGCCAAAGAAUCCAUUCAUUUGUUGGUAAAGCUAAUCAAGGCCACCUGGAAUUUGCGUCAAUGUUUGAUACUAUCCAUGCAAAAAACAAUACUGAAGAGAAAGAUAAUGUAUCAGUGGAACUAUAUUCCAUUCAGAAAAACCUCCUUGCUGCAUGGCAGAUAGGGAUUUCAAAAAAUAUGGAAGAGAAAGAUACGUUGCUGCAUUACACAGUGAACUGCAUUAUCCAUUUUUUCAACAUUCUUCAGUUUGUGAAAUGUUCUUUGCUAAACCAGGAUGCGUCUUCAAACAAGUCUGUGAAGAAUAGUCACUGGAUGCAUUGUGUCCUAAAAUAUUUUCAGCAGUGUUUAACUGUCUUGUACUGGCAUUCAAGAGCCAGUCUGACAGGGCACUUGGCAAAGCUGACAUUACAGACUUUAAAACUGAUGCUUAUACAGCAACAAGAUCAGUUCUCAAAAAACCUUCUGGCAUGCUUCUGUCUUUUGAAAAUGGUUUCUCACACUCUAAGUAGCGUGUGCAUAGUGCAGUAUGAGAAUUUCUUUGUAUCUCCUCAUGGUAAUAGUCUCGUGGAACUUGACUCCCUCACUGUGCCUGUUUUCCUAGCUCUUGAUGAGAGUACUACUCUGCAAUUCAGCUCACUGAAAUCUCUGCUUAAAGAGCCACCUCGAGCAGUAAACCAUGAUGCAAAAACAGAAAAAAGGUUGAUGGUACUAUGGCGCUUAUUGUAUAAGAAAGUGGUUUGGUAUCAGAUGCAGCUGAACAGAAGAGUGAACAAGAAUGCAGAAGAAGAGUCUGUUGUCUCAUCGCUCUUAAGUCAUAUACAAGCGACCCUCCAGUCUUCAGGAUUGACCUUAGAGCAACACUUGAAGAUUAAUUCUGUAUCUGGUGAGGAGAAGUUCCUUUUAGGUUCCUACAGAGAAUCUGUGGACAUUUGGAAAAGAUCUCUUUGUGAAAUCAAGGCAAAAGGAGGAAAAAGAACAUGUUUUCUUCAGAGUAGAUAUUAUCUUGCAAUAUUAUUUUGCCACCUGUAUCAGUAUAACUUGUCUGAGGCUCAGGGACUCUGUGAUCAUCUGGUAGGAGAGAUUCUAAGGCGAUCACAUCUCUCAGUGAGUCAGAUGGAAAAAUUUUCUGAUACCAAGUAUUUUCAGCAUGAACUAUGGAUGGUAACAGAUGUUCAUACUGAAACUGCUAUGGCUGUGGUUCGAUCCAUGGCGCGAUUCAUGGCCGCUUAUUUCACAAAUCAGCUGCUGUAUAUCUUUCCUCCACACAGUGUUGACAUCCUGCAUCCACUUCAUGUCAAACAAGACUUAUCUCCUCGUAUUAUUCCACUGCAACGCUGUUUGGUUACCAGAGCUGUCAGGGACCAGAACCUUUCAUCUGUGUGGACAGCUGAAUAUGCUCUUGAUUUGUUCUUUAUUGGUGGACUCAUUCCAGAGGCUGUGUGGUUAACACACAGACUGGGGGACUGGAAACUUUCUGUUUCAAUUGGUGUGGCCUACCAGCUGUAUUGUCAGAACUCUGAUGAAUUCUCAAGACUGAAAAACACAGAGCAUCACCUGCCAUUAAGCUUAUCACCAAUGCAGACUUUUCAGGAAAAGUUACAAUCUUUGUUAGGACAGCCAGUUACUUCUGAAACAUCAGGAUGUAUAAAGUACAAGCAGUUUACAGAUCCCAUUGAAGAGGAAGAUGCAAAUGUUCUUUAUAGUUCAAUACAGGAACUACUGAAAGCAGCUGUUAUGGCAGAUGCUGAUAUUCUCUCAGAGACAUUUCAGCUUUUGAUGGAUUCUGCCAAGGAUCUUAGCAGAAAAUUGUAUGGUUUAGUUCCAGAUGGGCUUUAUCUUCCAGCACCACCAUUAUACUGUCCUCAGCCAGCUUCUCUCAGCGAAGAAGACUGCAAUGACAUUCUUUUAAAAAUUGAGAGAGAAAGUCGUCAGAAAGUGUCAGGAGUUCUUCAGCGAAUUAUAUUGCUUUUCCGGGCUGCUCAUUGUUCCUGCCCUGCAGCACAGUGGUAUAUUGCACAACUGAAGUGGGCAAGAAAAGUUAUGCAAAAAAUUCGAAUGAAAGGAUCUCUUCCUUCUCUGAGUCCAUUUCCAGAGACUUUGCUUCGUUACUCCAAUUUCCGCACAGUUUUCUAUGGAUCUACAUCUUCUGGAGACCAUCAGUUUGAUGACACUACCUGUAAAAUUUUAGGUUGGUUCAGAGAGCUAUGUGCAUUGUGUUGGAUGUUUCAUGUUCGUGAAAGAUUAUCUGACAACUGUAGGCGGUACCAAACUGCAAGGGAAAAUGUUAACAAUCAUAAGGAUCUGAAGAAGAAUGAAUAUGAUGCCUCCACAGUUGAGCAUUGUCUGAAUGCAGUGGAGUGGGCUUGUCGAAUGCUUCCUUUCUGCAGAUUCAUGAAUGUUGAAGAAUUAGUUCAAGAUGUAAUUUUGAGUCUUCUUGGAGAAUUGCCACCAGUAAAAAAGGUGGCAGAGAUUUUCGUAAAAGCAUUUCCUAAUCCUGAAGAUAUAAGAGUUCCUCUAAGAGAUAAAUAUCAUGGACUUCAGCAGCGACUCAGACACAGUAUUGUUAAAGGUCCUGAAAGUGAAGAACUGAUGUCAGUUGUUAUACAGGCUACUGAAAAAGUGAGAACAAAGGCCUUGAGACGUGUAAUAAGGAACAUAGGGCCCAUAGAAAUUAAUAUUUGGGAGCCAGCAGAAGAAGGAGCAGUAGAUGAUGAGGAACACUGCUAUGACAGAUUCUCAUUAGGCACUAGUCUAAGUAGAAGCACACUUACUGAUCUUGGGAAUCUUCAGGUAUAUAGUGAUGCUGACACAGCAGAUACACUUUCUGAUGCUUUGUUUACUGAAGAAAUGAGAGCUCAAACACCUACACUCCAAAGGGAUAAUGACCAUCAAAGGCAAGGAGAAAUAGAUAGCAAAAAUACCACAUGCAAGAUAAAAGCUCUUAACUGGAAAACAACACAUAAGGACAAAGUAUAUGGAAAAGACAUGCAUAAUCAAUGUAAUUUGCCUAUAGUUGGUGCAUGGGAAUUUGAACGUGAUGAUGAUGAAUAUGUUAUUUUUUUAGAUCUCUUUUUGAGUUAUGUUCUUGAGAGAGACCUGAUGAAGUACAGUGACCUUGGAAUUCCAUUUCUUACUAGCUUUUCUGGACUUCUUCGAGAGCAUGAAUUAAACUCUCUCUUUUUUGAUGUUCAUACAACACUAAAACGUCGACAAGGCAAAACUAGAAGCCAAAGUGUGUUUAGAGCAGGGUCUUGCUAUACUGUCACCCUGGCAUCUUGUCCUGAAACAGUGUCUGUCUAUAAUGAAAGCAAAAGUAUUUUGGAAAAUCCAACCAUUGUACAAUCCACUGUACAGACAACAGAACAUUCUUUGCGUAACCUCAUGAAAGGACUUAAUGAAGGAUUAUUUGGUUUAAAACACAAGUCAAUUUACAGAGCUCAGAGCGACAAUCAAGGAGUCACUGUUGCACCAGCAAGACAGACCUUAGCUAACCAUGCUUUCUCUAGCCUGCACACUCAGGAAACUUCUAAAUACAUUUACAAAACUGUUGAUACAGUUGAUAUUAUACCAGGUGAAGAACUAGCUAUAGAAUUGAUGGGUAAGUUGAGCAAUAUUGCAAAAUUGCUGGAGUGGAUGAUCAGAUGGUCUGAUAAAAGACUGCUCUGUAGUUCCAAUAAACAAGAUUCUUUAGAAGAGAGUCUCCCAAUGAUACAUGUGAAAACAUCAGCAGCUGCUAUCCUUACUGCUUUGUGGCUGUUAGAACAGUUAUACAGAGACGGAUCUCAAGCAGUGAGCAAAAAAUAUAAGAGUGCGGAUGAUCAGUAUCUGAAAGAAUUUGCAUCUGUAUCAGAAGCCCAAUCUAGCACAGAGAAGGAAAGUAGUGUGGAUGAAGGCUCUUCCAUACUGGCCAAUCCUCCUCUUGAUGUCCAGCAUGUACAAGCCUAUGAUGAUCUUUGUGAAACUGGUUUUGGAAUGUCUACACAGUCAAAAUACUUUGGUAAGAAGGAAAUUAGUCAUGGGAAUUACUCUGUACCUCAUGUGAAUGAAGAUCCUUAUGAAAUGGAACCAUUUGUUCGGGAGGAGUUAGAUGUAACAUCAGAAAGAGAAGAGUUCUUUGAGGAGCCAUAUGAAACUCCAAAGAGCUCCAAUAGCUCUGUCAAGAUUAAACCUGUAGAACAUCAAAGAGGAAAGGCAAGUUACCAUCUUGCAUAGAAGCAUCAAAUUAUUGUGAAUAAUCAAAUGCAUCUUUUUAUGUUCCAGCAGGUCUCCAUUUCAGAUGUAGAUAGUCCCCAGGAAGAUCAAAAGACAGAAAAAACAAAGGAAGAAAAGGCUGAACAGAAUGCCAUGACUGAGGUUGUUACUAGCACCAUUUCUCACUCAUUCUCUUUAGAACAACAUGCAGAAGUUCCCAGUAAUAUAGAGAUUUCUCUAAGUGAUGGUCAGCCUUCACAGACUGUUGUGUCAACUAUGUCAAGUGUUGCUUGCAAUACUUCCAUUUGUGCUAAGAAGGAAGAAAUCAAGGAAGUAGUCCGUACAGAAGAGAAACUAAACAUGUCAGAAACUGUCAGGGAGACGCUCCAAGAUGAAAUGUUUAAGUUAGUUCAGCUACAGCAAAUCAACUUCAUGAGUUUAAUGCAAAUAGUGCAGUCAUCCUUUGCCAACUUGCCAAAUGUGCAACAAAUUUUGCAACAGCAUCAAUCUGUUCACCUGGAAGGAAGCCAGCCUGCACAUACUGCUGAAGGCAAUGGCUCUCUGAAAAGACAACUGCCUACUCAAGAAGAUAAAGGAAAGUCUGGUCAAAAGAGCUCUGAUUUUCAACCAAGGAAUAGUUUAAGAGAUGAAAGCAGCAAUGGCCAUAUAAAAAAUCAUCUGGAUGUGAAUGUUUCUUUAAGCCUAUUAGAAAGCUACAGCAAAGAAACAGGAUUUAUGCCACUGUCUCAAGAUUUGCAUUCUUCAGCACCUACUAAACCACUCCAUCUCUUAGCUCCUUCCUCAGACAUCCAGAAAACACCAAAGCUUAUCCCUGUUGAAAAAAACCUGAAUUACUCAAAUGGAUUUCCUUUGCUUAAGCUUGAAUCAGGUUAUCAUUUCAAACCGGUAUUUUUACAUCCAAUAGAUAUGUCAUCAGUUUUUGCUAGACCACCCCCAGUACCACGAGUAGCUUGGAGUUCAUCUGAUUCCUUAUGGAACCAUCAGUCAUCAUACACACCAAGAAAGAGUAAGUCAGAAGAAGAUAUGAACGUGAGUAGAUAUGACCUUGAGAUCCCAAGGCAAAUGCAUGAGGAAGAGAAAAGAUGGGCAGAAACAGUGCAUAAGGGACGUCCCAAACACCUGAAUCUAGAUCAGUAUGAAGGACAGCAAGAAUUUUCACCUUGGCAGCAGUUCUCUGCAAAUGUGAAUAUGGACAAAGCACUGAUCACUCAGAAUCUGGCUGGUAUUCCACUGUUGCACUUGCAACUUGACCCAGUACCUGGACUUCCACCAUUGGUAAGGCAGCCAGUCACUACUACUUCAGUACCUGUUAAACCUGCAACAAAGGAGGCUAACUACAAGGAAACACUACAGCACACAGGAAUAUCACUACUCCAUGCUAAUUUACCUCAAAAAAAGAAGGCAGCAAAACUCAUUCCACUUCAAGAUCUCAUUGCAUUUGAGCAACACCACCAGCAUCAUACUGUGUCCUGUACUUCCUUUGCACAAGACCAAACUGAACCUAUCCAGUUACUAAAAACUGAUGUUGAACCAUUUGAAGUAAGAGAUGUGCAGAAUAAUAGAAAAAGGCAAAAGAGGCGUGAUAAGAAGCAAAUUAAAGAGGAGGAAAAGAAGAAACCAAGUGUGUCCUUCUGCCCAGAUGACUCCAUUAUCAGUAUUAGUGAUGCAGUGAUGGUUGUUGAAUCAGGGACUGGGGAUCAACAAGCAAAAUCUACAUCUUACCUUCAAGAUCGUUUUUUCAUUUCAGCGGACAAAGUAGGGGAAGCAAUUACUACCUCAGCAGAUCUACAUUACAUGGCUUCUACAGGGAAAAAACCAGCAGAAACUCAAGAUGCAAGUACAAAUACUCACCCAGUGCUGAAAUCAUAUCAGGAUGUUGGAAUCAGUGCUGGAAAUGAGGUUUCUGAGGUUCGAAAAAAUGAAUCAGGCACGUCUGUUCCUGUGUCAGAAUCAUCUAGUGCCUCUGAGAUACUACCACCAGACAUAUAUUUAAACCUGAGAUUCCGCACUGAAGUGAAUGAGAGACCUUUACCAUCCUUUCUGUCAGAUGCACCUGAUUUGAGUGAACAUGAAUAUAUCAGUGUGAUUGACAUUGAAGACAGUGACAUCCUUAACAAUUUGCCCAUGAUACCCGAGUCUGCAGAAGAGAUAGCUACCGCACAGGAAAAUGAGAAGUUUGAAAUUCCAUCUACUGCAAAAGUUCAUCACAUGGCAGCUUCUGUUACUAAUGCAAUUCCAUCCGAGGCGCUUCAGAAGAAAGACAAUCAUCUGAAAAAUGUGUCAAGCCAAGUGCAAAAGAAAGAUAAGAAGUCAGAUUCUGCGAGAGAUAGCGUAACUUGGAACAUAGUACAUGAAGAUGACAGAACGUUUCCUCCUUCAGGGCUUCCAUCCAAAGUAAUUGACAAAGAAUACUUUUCCACAAAGCAGCAGGAAACGGUUAUGCAAUUACAGACACUACAGAACAUAACAGAAAAUAUGAAGGAGGAUUUCAGAAAUACCCAGCUGCUAGUGAAAAUAAUAGAAGAUUUUGAAAUGGCUGCCAAUUCAGACCUUGGUGCUCGUUCUUCAUUCUCUGGAGAUGCUAGAAUCAUUGAAAACGAAUCAGAACAUUAUUUGAGGGGCAUGAUUUUUGAAGAUGUUUCAGAUGAUGAAAAGGAAGGCUUAAACUUGGAAUAUCCUGUACCUGGUUAUACUACAUUGGAAGUACACUCUCCUGCCGCUGCAGGCUCUGCUUCUAACCUUCCCAGUGGCAUAAAGUCAUCUUCUGGCUUUCAUGUAUGCGGGGAUCUGUGUGAUAGCUCUUUAGAAGACCCUCUGCAAAUUACCGGUCUGAGUGGUGUUACUGACAUCAUUAGUGAUCAUGUAGUAGAAGGUGACAUCUCUCCAUCGGAGCUGGGCUUUACAAAAAUACAAGCUAAGAAAAUCUCUGGGAUUCAUGAUUCUGCUGCUAGACAUUUUCAAAAAACAGAAAAGGAGAAGAAAGAGGUACAAGCAUGGAUGAAAAGAAAGCAAAAGGAAAGAAUGAGAGAAUAUAUGAAGAAACUGGAUGAACAAAGACAGAAAGAGCAUAAUCCAUUCAAUCUGAGAAAGAAUGUGCAUUGUGGUCUUACUUCAAAGGAUAUUAAAUUAUUCCAAAAGAAGAAAGAAGAAAAGGACAAAGCCCUGUUAUCUGAACAUCACAGUAUGAGAAUAUCGCAAGCACUUUCUCUGAUGAAUGAAAUGUUAUCUGAAACAGUGGUGUUACCUGCAAAUGAACACAGGCCGUUGUCCAGGACAAGAUCACCUCAAGAGUACAGAAAAAGGUGCAUGGCAUCUACUAAAGGAGGGCAUCCGAAGAGUCCUGUUCUGACAGAAAGGACCAGAAUUGCUGCCAAACCCAGCUUUGGUCAAAAAGUACACCAUUUCACUCCAACUCUUGGCUUAACACGGUCCAGGGGAAAUGCCUGUAUGCUCCUACAGAAAAGUAAUUCCAGAGGAGAAAUGAGAAAUACUGCAAACUGUCCUUUUAAUUCUAGACACUCUGCUGAGUAUGGAGUCAGCAGAACAUCAAAACAAAAGCCUCCACAUGUUGCUACUGCAGUUCAGACAGAAGGUGUUGAUCAAGAGACUGAUCGAGACAUAGUAAGUCCUUGGACUGUGCCUGAUGAUAUCCAAAGAAUACUUCAAGAUACUCAUGACCCCUUGUUUCAGACCUCUGUACUGCGUCCUGUGAGUUUCUCUUCUCUCGACAUUAUCGACACGGAUGGCAUUUCUGAAAGCACGGGAAGUAUCCUCAGCAAAUUGGAUUGGAAUGCAAUUGAGGCUAUGGUAGCAGAUGUGGAAGACAAGUGAACAAAAUUUUUCAGCUGCGGUGCACUUCCAAACAGUUGCUGAUGUUUGGUUUAAUUUUUUAAAAUAAUCAUUUAAUCAUUGUUCUACUUAAAAUGGAUUGAGGCUUGCAUUGGUUUUCUUCUUAAACAGCACAGAAGCUCUCAUUGCUUUCAGUCUUGCCUAGAUGAAAUUCAAUUCCUUAACAUGUAGUUUGUUUUCCAUAUGUCUUCAAGUCAACAAGACACUCAAUAUAGUUGGUAAAUGCAGACCAACAGGCUUAAACAAGAACUUCUGGGUCAGCUACUUUGCCCCUCUUAAAUACAUAAAAAGUUUUA